GAACACAUGGCCGAAAAUGAACAGAUGAAAUUUGCUGCACUUGUAAUGAUUGUGAAAGAUGGUUUCUUAUAUGAAGCCAAGAAUAGGCCUCCAAGAUCACCCAAAUCUCCACAACCAUUUUUUGAAAAUUUAAACAAGAUACUUGACAUACAAGGCAUUUCACUGGGGAAGAUUCAGGAAGCAGCAAAAGGUAUGAUAGGAGAGUACUUGAUUUGCACAAACAAAAGAUAUACAGUUAUUCAUGAAUCAGUCACUGAUGCAGUGUGUCAAGUACUGUUUUCAAAAGUGAAGAACACAUGCUUGAAUGGUGCCCCUCAGUUUUCUCAUCCACAAAACAGUAAUUCAAGACUGUGAAGACGAAGACACAGAUAAACUCGCCAUAGAUGUUUAUUUUGAAGAACCCUUGAUCAGAAGGCUCUUGGAAGAGGAGUGUGUCAUGGAUGCUUUAAAAUUUUCAGGAUUUAAUUCACGAGACUUUGUGAGAAACAUUAAGAAGAAACUCAAGGAGAAAGUUACAAAUUACAAGGAUGUUCUUUUGCAAGCCAUAUCAUUAAAGCAUUUUCCAUUGGUAGAGGAGAUUGUACUGAACGUCUUGAGGACUCUGCCUGGGAGUGGAGAGUAUAUCAAGCAUCUGGCUCUGGUAAGAGCUUGUGAGGCUGGCAACAAAGAAGCUUAUGACCUGUUGCUUAGUGUGGGUGCAAAGGUCAACCUUCCCUGCAUGGCUGCUUGCAAGGUGGGUAAAUGUCCACAAAUUAUCCACAAAGUUUUAAGAGAGCUUGUUAACCAGUUUUAUAACCUCUCUCCUGACAUACUGAAGGAAUGGAUUUUGAUUGUCAUAACACAUGGAGAUAUUGAUGCAGUAAAAACCUUCAUCACAAAUCUCCAAGGUAGAAAAGGCAGACAUGACUUGAUCGUCAGCGCCCUUGAGGUGGCUUGCAAACUUGGAUCUCUUGAUAAAUACAACGCAGUUAGCUGUGAUGGAUUAAGUCCCAACUGGACAAGCCUGUUAGUAAGUGCCAGUGAAGGUGGAAAUGAGAAAAUCAUCACACAUCUCCUGGAGCAGAGAGACCAUGCAACAUCGGAUGAAAAACCAUGCAAUACAAACCUGGAAGAGAUGUUUCUUGCAGCUUGCAAGUUUAAUAGAAAGGGUGCAGCAGAGGUCCUUCUGAAGAGAAACCCCAGUGUGUUAGAUGGAGUUACUGAAACAGGCCAGACAGCUCUUCAUCUUGCUGCAAGUGUUUCUCACAUUAACAAACCAGACACUCUCACGUGGCUUCUCACGGUGAAGACCUGGGACACCACCACCACUGACAUUGAUGGUUUUACUGCUCUGCAUUCAGCAUGUGUCACUGGGAAUGUGACAUGUGUGGAACAGUUACUGAAGGCAGGGUUUGAUACACAGGCUCCAGAUAAACAUGGAAAUACCCCUCUGCAUGUUCAUCUGAAGGGAAGAUUCAUCAACAAACCAGUUGUUGAGAAGCUUGUCAGGGCUAAAAAUGAAAUUCCCAGAAACUCACAUAUCGCCAGUGUGCAAAACAAUGACAAACAAACUCCUGCCCAUUUGCUUUGCAUGAAUUCAAAUGGUAUCAUGGCAUCCAUUCUUCAGUUCUUGAUGCAGGAUGAAGAUGAAUAUAAAAUGGUGGAGAAAACUGACAUUCAUUCUAUGACCAUGAAAGACAGAAAAGGGCAAACUCCACUCCAUACUCUCAUCGCUUCGACAGGGACCACAGCGGUCUUAAGGCUCCUUCUUGAGAAGAGAAAUGUGGAUGUAAAGACAGCUGAUGCUGAGGGCAACACAGUACUUCAUCUUGCAUGCAGGACAGGUAACGAUGAAGUCAUCAAGAUGUUGAUGCCGAGAACAGGUUAUAGAUUAACAUACAAAGAGACAAAUCAGCAAGGACAGACACCACUACAUUGCUACGCUGAAAAUGGCUGUGAUGGGAAAAUAACAGAACUUUUAUGUAAAGAUGUAGAUGCAAAAGAUUUGCAAGGUGAAACAGCUUUGCAUCAUGCUGUGAGCAAAGAAAAUAAAUCUGAUGUUGUAAAAGCACUGAUGAAAUUAGGUGCAAAUCUGAACUCGACAGAUAACAAGGGGCAAACUCCGUUGCAUAAAGUCUCCAAUGUGUCACAUGGCACAAGCGUGGAAGUUGCUCAGAUGCUUGUACAGGGACUUAUCAAUAAACCACAGAGAGCAGACGUCAGUAUUGCAGACAAAGAACAAAUGACAGCAUUGCAUCAUGCCUGUGUAUCAAGAGGAGUGUGCAGUUCACUGGUUGCAGAGUUUCUUCUGUCUUGCAAAGGAGAUAUUUGGAGUCAGAAUAUGCACACACACUUACCAAUCCAUAUCUGCUGCAUUGAAUGUUCCAAAUACAGUCCAGCUGUGCUGAGAGUUCUUCUUAAGCAUCUUCAUACAAGUCCUGAAUCAAGAGAUGUCCAGCGAAUGCUGUCUGCUGGUGACAAGUAUGGGGACACCCCUCUACACAAAGUAUGCCUGUCUUCAGGGCAGUGGAGGAAAGAAGUUGCUGAAAUCCUUAUUGAUGCUGGAGAUGAUCUUACUCAAGCUAAUUCUGCCGAUGAUACCGUCAUGGACAUAGUGAUAAGGAACCGAGUAAAUGAUUUGAAUGAAUUGAUGAUUAUGAAAGCACUCAUGAGAGCAUGUAAGCUAGACAUCAAAGUCCAAGAUUUGGAGAAGUUACUGUCAUGUGAUCACAUUAACAGUGACAGCCUGUCCCUGAUGCUUCAAAGACUUGUACAGUGUGAUGAACAACACACUGUCGGUGUCCUGGAGAGGCUGAUUCAGAAAGGUGCUGACAUACACCGAACCACUGCCGAUGGUCUGACUAUGAUACACCUGGCUGCCACAACACAGGGGGGAGUUCACUGAUCG